CGGGUGAAGGAGGUGCGAAGGGCCGGGGCCGGUCAGGGGAAAGAUGGCGGCGAGGGUGAGCGGUGGAGAGAACCGGUUGGUGUCGCUGCCCCUGUCGCGUAUCCGCGUGAUCAUGAAGAGCUCACCGGAGGUCUCUAGCAUCAACCAAGACGCGCUGUUCCUCACCGCCAAAGCCACGGAGCUUUUUGUUCAGUAUUUGGCUACAUACUCCUACAAACAUGGCAGAGGCAAGGAGAAGAACGCCCUAACUUACAGUGACCUGUCUCAUACUGCAGAAGAGUGUGAGACCUUUCAGUUCCUUGCAGAAUUCUACCUUCUAGAUAUCUUGCCGAAGAAGAUCCUAGCUAGCAAAUACCUAAAAAUGCUUGAAAAAGAGAAGAGAGAUGGAGAAGUGGGGGAAGGUGAUGAAGAUGAGGAAGAAGAUGAUGAAGCUGUUGAAGAUGUUAGAACUUAAGAUUGAUAGAGAACUGUUUCAUAGUUGAUCCAUUUUCUAUUGUUUAAAGAAUGUUAUUUUUGUGACUAAGAAUCCAGAUGCUGGAUAUAUUUAUAUACUGAGCCAUCUGCUUUUGCUUUAAGAAGCUUAGAAACUGAACUUUAUACUUGCUGAAGAAUGGAAUUCUUCCCUCAGAACCAUGGUGGGGUAAGAUGAGCUGAUGUAAAUCUGGCAGCAGAACUUGCUCAGAUCGUUUAUAGUAACUUCUUCAGACAAUCAUUAUCCAAAAUUAAAAUUUCUUCCAGGCAGCUUUCAGUCCAAAAGCUCCUUCGCCCUCGGACUAGAAGGGCAUCAUUCUCCAGUUUGUGUUUCUUUUCCGAGUGGAAGAUAAGGUGAGGGAAGGUGUUUUAAACCUGUCUACUCUCUUCAGCUGUCUCCUUGGGGAGCAAAUUAAACCCUCCUCCUGUUUUCUAGAACAGUGCUAGGGCAUUAGCAGUGGACCAAGCCCGUUAAAAAAAGUCUUCUGUAAAAACAGCUGCUUCUGUAAUGCACCCUAAAUAGGCACGUUGGCACAGAAACAGGGCAAAGGAUGAAACCCAGUCUGAGUGCUAAUGUGGUUCUAUAGCUGUGAUGAUUUAAAGGACAUGUGUUAGAUAAUGAUGUAAAUAUGUACAUCUACAGUUUUUCCUUUAAUGAACUCUUCUUCUGCAAUUUGUCCACGGGCUUCUACCAAAAUGCGCACUGAAGUCUCUCACAUGUGGAUUGUUGGGAAGGAGCAACCCUUCGAUCAUUUGAGUGACAGAGCUGGAUUUUACCUUCAGUUUUGUGGUUUUUUUUCUACUAUAGAAAUGGUAACUCUCCUGUGUAGAACUUUAUAUGCAACUUUUUGAAGUAAAAGUUUUGUAUGAAAAGUGACAA